CCCGAUUUCUCCUUCAUCUUUUGCUCCUUCAUAAACACCAUUCCUUUAUCAGUUUUUCCUAAUUACGAAAAAGAAACUCAUUUUCACACAACAAAAUCCCGCCCGCAAAAACGAAAGCAAAAAUGUGCAGAGGCUUUCAUCCGAACCGGCAAGACUGCGUAAAGAUGCAAGCUUUCUACAUCCACGUGUCCGUUUCCCCCACAGCCCGAAACUCCUUGCCCGAAUUCCUGACGCUGAAUUACCUCCCGCGCAUAGACGACAGCCCACUGGAGAUAAACGGGUCCAGGAUCCGAUCCGACGCGCCCGGGUUUGUGGCGCUCCACCGGGUCGUCUCUGCCGCCGCGGUGGUGACAGGGGCGGUUUACGGGAGCCGGGAGAGAGUCAGAGCCAGCGAAGGGGCGAGGUUCGAGCUAUACGCGGGAGAUUCCAGGCUGGUGAAGGGGAUUUUCAGGAAGGACUGGGAAGGGGAUUUCUGGAAAUUGGAGUGGGAGAGCUUGUUGUCCGAAGAAGAGGAAAACAGAGGUUUUCUGGGAAUCAGAGCGGCGGAGGUCUGCAUAUCGGUGGAGGGAGGCGCGGCGGAGUGGAUCACGGGGAAGGUGGAAAUGGCGCAUCCCCGGAGGCGGCACCGGCGGAGGUGUCAUCUGGGGCUGGAAGAAAUUCCUGAGCGAAGAGAAACAGAAACAGAGGUUGAGGGAAGUCGGGAUUGUUGCUGCUGCUGUGGGGAAGGGGAGGAGAUGGAGGGGGAGGACGGCGGAGAGUGCGACGCGGCGGCGGAGGGAGUGGGAUGGGCGGUGGAUGUGGGGAUAUGGAUGGUUUGUUUAGGUGUGGGGUAUUUGGUUAGCAGAGCUUCUCGAAAGAGUUUAAUGAGAAAGCUGAUGCCUUCAAAAGUUCAUUAAUAAGAAAUCUGAUUAAUUACUACUCCCUCCGUCCCCUUUUAAAAGUCCCGGAAGAUGGUGGCACGAGUUUUAAGAAAAGUGGGUUUGUGUGGUUGAUAUUAAUUGAUAAAGUAGGAAUAAAGUAAGAAUAAAGUAAGAAUGAUUUUGAACCACACAAACUUUACCAAAUGAGGUAUGAGACAUUUAAAUAGGGACAUCCCAAUAUGGUAAAAUGGAACAUUUAAUUGGGGACGGAGGGAGUAAUUAUUAAUCAGAUUGAGUGAUAGAGUGUAAUAUAGUUACAAAGAAUUAGAUCGUUUGGAAUACGUAUGAGCUGAGACCUUAGUAGUUGUGAUUUUGUGAAUUUGAUACUUCAAAGCUCUAAACAAAUUCUUUUGAAUCAAUAUUAAAGCGGUAUAAUCUUGGUUAAUUUUUUUUGGUAGGCGGAGC